GCAGAAUAAAGGCCAGAUGAGGGAGGCUCACCUACCCUGUUCCCUACUUCCUUCUCUUCACGUCCUUCUCUGUGCUUACAGCCCUCAUGGCCCCCAAAAAGCCAGAACCCAAGAAGGACGAGGCCAAGGCAGCCCCUAAAGCAGCUCCAGCUCCAGCUCCAGCUCCAGCUGCCUCUGAACCUGAGCGCCCGAAGGAAGUUGAGUUUGAUGCUUCCAAGAUCAAGAUCGAGUUCACACCGGAGCAGAUUGAAGAGUUCAAGGAAGCCUUCAUGCUGUUCGACCGGACACCCAAGGGUGAGAUGAAGAUUACAUACGGGCAGUGUGGGGACGUCCUGAGAGCGCUGGGCCAGAACCCCACCCAGGCCGAGGUGCUCCGUGUUCUGGGGAAGCCAAAGCAGGAAGAGCUGAACACCAAGAUGAUGGACUUUGACACAUUCCUGCCCAUGCUCCAGCACAUUUCCAAGAACAAGGACACGGGCACCUAUGAGGACUUCGUGGAGGGGCUGCGGGUCUUCGAUAAGGAGGGCAACGGCACGGUCAUGGGCGCUGAGCUCCGCCACGUACUGGCCACACUGGGUGAGAGGCUGACAGAAGAUGAGGUGGAGAAAUUGAUGGCUGGGCAAGAAGACUCCAAUGGCUGCAUCAACUACGAAGCAUUCGUGAAGCACAUCAUGGCCAGCUGAACUUCUCACCGCAGGGAGCCCAGGGGAGGCCAUGCUGGGGACAGCUCAUCUCCCAUUCAUGAUGUUGACACCAGUGGCCCAGAGUUGUGAGAAGGAGGGGAAUGCACCGAGACUCCUGCACCUGCUCUUCUGUACAGCCCUGCGGAUGUCUCUGCAUCACUGUCAUCUCCUGCCCCAUCAGGCUGCCCUCACCUGCGACUGCAUCUCUGUCCCCACCCCUUGGACCCCAUGAAUAAAAGCCAUCUUUUCAUCCUC